UUGUGUUCCAUCGCCGCACUGCCGCAACGUCGCCCAACAUCUUGCAAGCGAGGGUUCUUAGGGCGCAGGUUAACCACCGAUCGAGGAUAUGGCUGAUGCUGGAGCAGCAGAGGAGAAACAUGGCCAGGAUGCGCAAGAAGAGGAGGAUUGGAAAAUUCAAGCUGAAGCGUUCAAAAAUGAAGGCAACGAGGCUUUCAAGACCGGCAAGUGGAAAGAAGCGAUAGAAGGGUACACAAGGGCGAUCGAUAUCGACCCCGACAACAAGGUUUAUUUCAGCAACCGCAGCGCGGCAUAUCUCAAGCUGGGAGAUGCCAAGAGCAAAGCGUUGAAAGAUGCAGAGAGGUGCAUGGAGCUCGCACCGGAGUGGUCUAAAUCGUUCAGCCGCCUCGGUGCAGCACAGCACGCACUUGGCCGGUUCGACGGAGCGGUCCAAACGUUCAAGGCUGGUCUCGCGAUUGACCCCAAUAACGCUGGGUUGGAGUCUAGCCUUGCCGCGGCGAAGGAGGCGCAAGAAACGGACCGUCGAGAGCGCUGGCGGCAGGCGGCCAUCGAGAGGGACAUCGAAGAAGAGCGACUCAAGAAGAAGGACGCCUUAAAAGCCAAAGCAAAGGCCGAAGCAGCCGAAGCAGCCGAAGCGAAGGCUGCUGCUGCCGUGGAGGCGGGAGAAGGAACCGCGUCCGGCGACCCUCUCUCAUCGUUCUUCUCGGAAAUUCAGGGAGAACAAAAGAGCGUACCCGCGAAAAAGGUUGAGCGUGUGCUCCACGAUAAGUACACCAACCAGGACAUGGGCACACCCAAGGAGCAAAUGGACCGCUUGCUGCAGCACAACUACAAAUGGAAAAACUUGAACGCCUUUGAAACGCUCCAACUCGGCCAAGAUGCAACGGUUGAGGACAUCAAGCAGAGGUACAGAAAGCUGUCGACGUUGGUGCACCCGGACAAGAGGCUCGAUAUGCCGCAGGCCCGUGACGCAUUCGAAGAGGUCAAGAAGGCAUACCAGCUUCUGCUGGACGAAGAUCGCCGCAUUACGAUGGCGGCUACGAUCGAUGCCGUCUGCACUCGUGUGUCGAAAGAGCGACAAAAGAAAAUUGACAAAGGCGUGGCAUUAGCCGACCUGACGAAGGAGCUCGGAAGCGAAGAGGCACACAAGAAGAAGGCGUGCAUGAAAGAGUUUGCCACAAUCGAACUUCGUCGCCGCGAGAUAGAAAAACACCGUCAAGCUCAAAAGAAGAGGGAACAUUCUCAGGAGGAGGCCGAGAAGGAUGCGAUACGGAAGAACGUGGAGGGGGAGAAGGCAUGGGCAGAAACAGAACGGAGGGAGAAAAGAGUCGGAGGAUGGAGGGAUUUCCAAAAGGGAGGCAACAAACCAAAGGUUCAGAAGACAUGGAAACAAGAAAUGGCCUCCUCAUCAGAAAAGCCGAAAUUCGGUGUCGUUGACGCCGGAGACUAUAAGAAAGAUUGGAAGUAGAUGUUCUUUGGUUCGUCUAUUUCUCGCUAUUCAAGCUGACAAGGUCAACCUGUUGGUGGGCUUCCUGUGGCGGGCGUGAGUUGUUGCAGGUAUUGUCAUGCCGUGCUGCCUUGCUUGCGGUUCAUUUCGUGCCAAGCGUGACAGGGGAGUUGACAGGUUGAACGUCCAAUCAAGUCGAACGGACUGAGCGUGCGCUCUUUCUCGAGAGAGGAGAUGGUCAACGGAAGUAUGAUUCCCGUGCUGUAUCGCCGUGUGAGCCGCCGCAAACGGCGCAUGGUGAGGUCGGCCGAUCAGCGUCGGGCUUUGUGGCCAUGUCCGGAGCCGAUCCUCGUAAGUAGUAUGCCGUUCUUACGCCUCGAACACCCCUCUGGUGUUAUACUACCAUUGUGGUCCAGGCAUGUAGGCUACACGUUAUACCACCAAGGAUGCGGGUCUUGGCAAACUGUGCGGUCGUCUGUGUUAAUGCUUGUAGUCUCAUAUUUUUUUAGCACAGGGGUGCCAAGACGCUGAUACAGCACGUGCCCAGAGCCUGAUACCAGUGCGGAAAAUGAAUGAGAUGGUCUGGCUUAUAGCGCAAAUCGCACACCCCGUUCGAUGACUCCGAUCCGUGCGAUUCUGAAUAGAAACAAGGCGGCGGUGUGGGGUGUUUUGAAGGCAUCCCCCGUGCCAAAACUCCGACACAGCGACCCUGAACAAAUCGCAGCGGCCACACCAGCACUUCGCUUGUACGGUAGUGCACAACCGGAUCACAACACGGCGACCGUGUUUUAGUUUGCCAGUACAGUAGAGGUUUGAUGUGGACCAAUUGGGACCAGUUUGGCGGUAGAACAGGUUACGGCCGAUAGAAGCGAGGUUUGGUUUGGUGCCACGCACGAAGAAUUACGUAGUGGCCUACGGGGUAUGUACAAUUUGGUCUGCCAGUCUCCCGGGCCAGGUAUGCGUAUUGUUGCCCGGUAUCCUACCUAUUUUG